AGCUCUCUUACUUUGGAUAAUGGCCUUGGACUUGGGUGCCUUAUCGAUUUCCCCUCCAAGAUGCUGUAUCAUUUGGUUGCGGGGGGGGGCUCUGCAUGGUAAUGCACUGUGAGAGAGGCCAGGCCUUCUGGAGGUGAGCCGAUGGAGAUGUAUUCCCCAGACAUGUCUGAGGUGGCUGCCGGGAGGUCCUCCAGCCCCUCCACUCAGCUGAGUGCAGACCCAUCUCUCGAUGGGCUUCCGGCAGCUGAACACAUGCCAGAUACCCAGACUGAAGAUGGGAGAAGCCCUGGACUCCUGGGCCUGGCGGUGCCCUGCUGCGUGAGUCUGGAAGCUGAGCGCCUGAGAGGGUGCCUCAACUCUGAGAAGAUCUGCAUUGUUCCCAUUCUAGCUUGCCUAGUCAGCCUCUGCCUCUGCAUUGCUGGCCUAAAGUGGGUAUUUGUAGACAAGAUAUUUGAAUAUGACUCUCCUACUCACCUUGACCCCGGCGGGUUAGGCCAGGACCCUGUUAUUUCUCUGGAUCCAACUGCUGCCUCAGCUGUUUUGGUAUCAUCUGAGGCAUACACUUCACCUGUCUCUAGGACUCAGUCUGAACCUGAGGCUCAUGUUACAGUGCAAGUUAACAAUGUUCCUGUGGCCUCUGAACCUUCAGCAGUUACGACCCGAAAGAAUCGGCUGUCUGUCUUUCCUCCUUUGCUAUCUACUGCACCACCCUUCCCUUCUCCAGCUCGGACCCCUGAGGUGAGAACACCCAAGUCAGCAACUCAGCCACAAACAACAGAAACUAAUCUCCAAACUGCUCCUAAACUUUCCACGUCUACAUCCACGACUGGGACCAGCCAUCUUGUAAAGUGUGCCGAGAAGGAGAAGACUUUCUGUGUGAAUGGUGGCGAGUGCUUCAUGGUGAAAGACCUGUCCAACCCUUCAAGAUACUUGUGCAAGUGCCCAAAUGAGUUUACUGGUGAUCGUUGCCAAAACUACGUAAUGGCCAGCUUCUACAUGACUUCUAGGAGGAAAAGGGAAGAGACAGAGAAGCCUCUAGAAAGAAAAUUGGAUCAUAGCCUUGUGAAAGAAAUGAAGCAUCUUGGGAUUGAAUUUAUGGAAGCGGAGGAACUCUACCAGAAGAGAGUGCUCACAAUUACUGGCAUCUGUAUCGCCCUGCUGGUGGUCGGCAUCAUGUGUGUGGUGGCCUACUGCAAAACCAAGAAACAGCGGCAAAAGCUUCAUGACCGGCUGCGGCAGAGUCUUCGGUCCGAACGGAACAACAUGGUGAACAUAGCCAAUGGGCCGCACCAUCCCAACCCACCACCAGAGAAUGUGCAACUGGUGAAUCAAUACGUAUCUAAAAAUGUCAUCUCCAGUGAGCAUAUCGUUGAAAGAGAAGCGGAGACAUCCUUUUCCACCAGUCAUUACACGUCCACUGCUCAUCACUCCACGACUGUCACCCAAACUCCUAGUCACAGCUGGAGUAACGGGCACACAGAAAGCAUCAUUUCAGAAAGCCACUCUGUAAUCAUGAUGUCAUCAGUAGAAAACAGUAGGCACAGCAGCCCAGCUGGGGGCCCACGAGGACGUCUACAUGGCCUGGGAGGCCCUCGCGAAUGUAACAGCUUCCUCAGGCAUGCCAGAGAAACCCCUGACUCGUACCGAGACUCUCCUCAUAGCGAAAGGUAUGUAUCAGCCAUGACCACCCCGGCUCGUAUGUCACCUGUAGAUUUCCACACGCCAAGCUCCCCUAAAUCGCCCCCUUCGGAAAUGUCUCCACCCGUGUCCAGCAUGACGGUGUCCAUGCCCUCCAUGGCAGUCAGCCCCUUUGUGGAAGAAGAGAGGCCUCUGCUUCUUGUGACGCCACCAAGGCUACGGGAGAAGAAGUAUGACCACCAUCCCCAGCAACUCAACUCCUUUCAUCACAACCCUGCCCAUCAGAGUGCCAGUCUACCCCCUAGCCCUUUGAGGAUAGUGGAGGAUGAGGAGUAUGAAACGACCCAGGAGUAUGAGCCAGUUCACGAGCCUGUUAAGAAACUCACCAACAGCCGGCGGGCCAAAAGAACCAAGCCCAAUGGCCACAUUGCCAAUAGGUUGGAAAUGGAGAACAACACAAGUUCUGUGAGCAGUAACUCAGAGAGUGAAACAGAAGAUGAAAGAGUCGGUGAAGACACACCAUUCCUGGGCAUACAGAACCCCCUGGCAGCCAGUCUUGAGGUGGCCCCUGCCUUCCGUCUGGCUGAUAGCAGGACUAACCCAGCAGGCCGCUUCUCCACACAGGAAGAAUUACAGGCCAGGCUGUCUAGUGUAAUCGCUAACCAAGACCCUAUUGCUGUAUAAAACCUAAAUAAACACAUAGAUUCACCUGUAAAACUUUAUUUUAUAUAAUAAAGUAUUUCACCUUAAAUUAAACAAUUUAUUUUAUUUUAGCAGUUCUGCAAAUAGAAAACAGGAAGAAAAAAACUUUUAUAAAUUAAAUAUAUGUAUGUAAAAAUGUGUUAUGUGCCAUAUGUAGCAAUUUUUUACAGUAUUUCAAAAAUGAGAAAGAUAUCAAUGGUGCCUUUAUGUUAUGUUAUGUCGAAAGCAAGUUUUAUACAGUUACAGUGAUUGCGUUUCCACAGUAUUUCAGCAAAACCUCCCAUAUAUUCAGUUUUUGCUGGCUUCUUGUGCAUUGCAUUAUGAUGUUGACUGGAUGUGUGAUUUGCAAGGCUAGCAGCUGUCCCUCUCUUUGCUUCCAGUAGCACCCAACCUGGACUGUCUUGAAAUGGCACACCCAUCCAAAUACUCUUCUACUUUGUAUGAAGUUUUCUUUGCUUUCCCAAUAUGAAAUGAGUUCUCUCUACUCUGUCAGCCAAAGGUUUGCUUCAUUGGGCUCUGAGAUAAUAGUAGACCCAACAGCAUGCUACUAUUACAUAUAGCAGGAAACUGCACUAAGUAAUGUUAAAUAUUAGGAAGAAAGUAAUACUGCGACUUUUAAAACAAACUAUAUUAUUAAUCAGAAGACAGCUUGUUCUUGCUAAAGGGAGCUACCAUUGACUAUAAUUUUAACUUUUUAAUUAUUGUUGUUCUUGACAAGAGUAAUAGUUUUGAGUACAGCUUAGAAGUGGUUCUGGCUUGCUAUCAGGACAAAUCUAUCAACUUAGAAAGGACUCAAUUUCAUGUUCUCUCUGGGGGGAAUGAUCCAGAAGCUCAUCUGUUGGCCAAUCAACCACAGCUGCUAAAGGUGCAAUCAUUUCUGAAAUAUUUUUUUAAACUGACUGGUUGUACCUUCUUCUUGACUCCAGAAGAGGCACAUUGUGUCAUGAAACCUCAGCCCCAAGAGUACCCUCAGCCAUCUGUCCAAACCACUUGUAGAGUGCAAUGUCCCUGUGGUACAUGGCAGUGACUUGGCCAUUGCAGGAAAGUAUUCCACUGGUAGAGUGUUUAGAAGGAGUGAGGGUGUAGAAGUCACAAGGGGAAAGCAGCUAUCUUACCCCAUUGGCAUCUUAAUGUUCAGUUGGCUACUCCUUUGUCCUUAUGUUUCUCUUGUGUUCAACAUUGCCUUGAGUAAGUCAUAACUAUGCAUGAAGAUUUUGGGGUGGGGAGGAAUGGCCAAUGUGCAUGUGAUUUGUGGUUAGCAAGAACUUUCCACAGUGAUGCCUCACUAGGGAAUGUCAAUAGCGUUGGGAAGAUUGCACCUUUUCUUGCAGAAGUGACCCCCACCUGUGGACUGAUCUCCCUCCAUAAAUAGCCUGUAUCUUCCAUGUCUCCUCUCUAAGUAAUUUUUCCCAUACUGUCUCAAAAGCAGGACGAAGACUGGUUUAAAUUUUGUAUGUU